CUCCAGCCCAGGAGCCAGAGAGCCACCGCUUCCAAGACCUACGUUGCAGCUUUGCUAUCUGGAUACCAAUGAAAAAAUACCCUCGUUGAGACUUUGCUGCCUUUGAAGUCACUGGGAACAUGAGUGGACGGGCCCGCGUGAGGGCUCGAGGCUUGGCCCGCAGCCUCGGUGCCACGGACGUGGGGCGCAUCCCGGCCUCGGCGGCGUCGCCUCCUUCUGUUGCUCUUAGUGACAGUGAAGCAUCUUCUAGCACUGACCCCGUGGGAACAAGCAGGAUUUCACAGAAAUAUGCAGGUGGUAUAUCUUCUGGAGAUGCUGGUUGUGCCUUCAAGGAGAGAGGUGGGAAAAUCAGAGGAGACAUCAUGGAUUUGGCUGUUUGUACUCGAGAGACAUUGGCCCACGUGAGAGACUGCAAAACAGGUUCCAGUGGAAUACCUGUGAAGCUGGUCACAAAUCUCUUUAAUUUAGACUUGCCCCCGGACUGGCAGCUGUACCAGUAUCACGUGACUUACAGUCCCGAUAUAGAAUCUAGGAGGCUGCGAAUUGCUCUGCUUUAUAGUCACAGGGAACUUUCCAGCAAGGCAAAAGCAUUUGAUGGUGUCAUCCUUUUUCUUUCGCAAAAGCUAGAAGCAAAGGUCACAGAGUUGUCCACUGAAACUCAAAGAGGCGAGACUGUGACGAUGACUAUCGCGCUGACGAGGGAGCUGCCGGCAAGUUCUCCCGUGUGCAUCCAGGUCUUCAAUAUCAUCUUCAAGAAGAUCUUAAAAAAGUUGUCCAUGUACCAAAUUGGACGGAACUUCUAUAAGCCUUCUGAGCCGGUGGAAAUUCCCCAGCACAAAUUAUCCCUUUGGCCUGGGUUCGCCGUUUCAGUAUCACAUUUUGAAAGCAGGCUCCUGUUUAGUGCUGAUGUGAGUUAUAAAAUACUCCGGAACGAGACGGUUCUGGAGUUCAUGACUGAUCUCUGCCACAAGACCGGCAGGUCCUGCUUUAUCGAGACGUGUGAGAAAGAGCUGCUUGGGCUCAUUGUCCUCACAAGAUACAAUAACAAGACCUAUCGCAUCGAUGACAUUGACUGGUCCGUGAAGCCCACACACACGUUCCAGAAGCGGGAUGGCACUGAGACCACCUACGUGGAUUACUACAAGCAGCAAUAUGACAUUACCUUAUCUGACCUAAGCCAGCCAGUGCUUGUGAGUCUGUUGAAAAGCAAGAGAAAUGAUGACACUGAGGCUCGGAUGAUCCACCUGAUUCCCGAGCUCUGCUAUCUAACAGGGCUUCCCGGCCGGGCAACCUCUGAUUUCCAGCUGAUGAAGGCUGUGGCCCAGGAAACGCGUCUCGGUCCUCUGGGAAGGCAGCAGCGUGUGGCCAGGCUCGCAGAUGACAUCCAGAGAAACAAGGAUGCUCGUUUUGAGCUCGAGACCUGGGGGCUGCGCUUCGGAUCCCAGAUGUCUCUGACUGGCCGGGUCGUGCCUUCAGAAAAAAUCCUCAUGCAAGACCAUAUAUGUCAACCUGUGUCUGCAGCUGACUGGUCCAAGGAUAUGCGAGCUUGCAAGAUUUUAAGUGCACAGUCUUUGAAUAAAUGGCUGAUUAUAUUUAGUAACAGAGCUGAAAGUGUGACGGAGAGCUUUCUGAACUGCUUGAGAAGAGUUGGAAGUCCUAUGGGAUUUAAGGUGGAUCACCCCAAAAUCAUAAAAGUACAAGAAAAUCCAGCUGCGUUUCUUCACGCCAUACAGAAGCAUGUGGAUCCUGAGGUUCAGUUGGUGAUGUGUAUUCUGCCUUCUAAUCAGAAGAGCUAUUAUGAUGCCAUUAAAAAGUACCUGAACUCCGACUGCCCGGUCCCCAGCCAGUGCGUGCUUGCCCAGACACUCAGCAAACAAGGAAUGAUAAUGAGCAUUGCCACCAAGAUUGCCCUGCAGAUGGCCUGUAAACUCGGCGGCGAGCUGUGGGCUCUGGAGAUCCCUUUGAAGGCCCUGAUGGUGGUUGGGAUUGCCGUCUGUAAAGAUGCUGUUAGCCAGGGAACGGUGGUGGUGGGAUUUGUGGCCAGCACCAACCCCAGAAUCACCAGGUGGUUUUCCCGCUGUAUCCUUCAGAGAUCAACAGCUGAUAUUGCAGAUUGCUUGAAAGUCUUCAUGACCGGAGCACUCAACAGAUGGUACAAGCACAACCACGGCUUGCCAGCCCGGAUCAUUGUGUACCGGGACGGAGUAGGGGAUGGUCAGCUGAAAACACUCAUUGACUAUGAGAUUCCCCAGCUGCUGGCCAGUGUGACAGACGCCAGUUCGAAUACCAGCCCCAGACUGUCGGUGAUUGUGGUCCAGAGGAGGUGCACGCCGCGGUUCCUGACGGAGAGCGGCCGGACGCUGGAGAACCCGCCCCUUGGCACUGUCGUGGAUCUGGAAGCAACUCGGCCUGAAUGGUAUGACUUUUACCUGAUCAGCCAGGUGGCCCGUCAGGGAACCGUGAAUCCCACCUACUAUAACGUCAUCUAUGAUGACAAUGGCCUGAAGCCCGACCACAUGCAGAGACUCACCUUCAAACUGUGCCACCUGUACUACAACUGGCCGGGCUUAAUCAGUGUUCCAGCCCCGUGUCAAUAUGCCCGCAAGCUGACCUUUCUGGUGGCACAGAGCAUCCAUAAAGAACCGAGUUUGGAAUUAGCCAAUUCUCUCUUCUACCUGUGAUGACACGAAGCACUGACAUCCUUAGAGGAAGGAUCUGAGGAGCACUUGGUGUGCUUUGUACAAAUCCACCAGGAGCUCGAGGCUGUGACCGGAAGGAGAUUUUUAGUUUUAAAUAACUUCUGGGAAAAAAAAAAAAAAAGCCCAAAAACCUUAAUCUAAAAUGGUUCAAAAGAAAUGUACCCUGUGCUUGGGGGUGAAUUCUCAUUUUGGUAUGUGGAAUUAAAAUGUAGCAUCAUCUGUAAGUAAUACCACAAAGCUGAAUAUGCUCUCAGAAAAUACGUGUUCGUGUGAUGACUUGAUGGUAGGUAAAUUGGGUCUAAUUUCUACCCUCGGUUUUGCAGAAGUUUUCUUAAGUAAUGUUAUAGAGUGUUUUGUGGAGUGGCUUAAAUCAUUGUUAAAAAAUAAAGAAAAUUCAGAGCAUCA